CUCUUGUCCUUCAUUUGUCAUCUGUGGUCUUGUCAAAAAUAAAUAAAAUUAUUUACAUGAAAAAACAAAAUACAAUAAAAUUUGUAAAAUUGCAAAUUGAAUACACAUGCAAUAAUUUAAUAUGAAUAAAUAUAAAAAUCUAAACGAAUAAUUAAUUACACAGUGCAAAACCUUAGUUAGCCACAAUGUCUAGUGACACAGAAGAUAAGGUAGAAUUAUUAGAAAAUGCCUCUGAAAUUAUGGAAGACUUAGCGGACAAAUUAAAAAAGUUAUACAAAUACAGAGAUUUGUUUUUUGAAAAUCAUCCAGUAGAAUUGGCAUUGCAAAAGCAUGCGUGUGUAGAUGUGAAAAAAGAGGCGUUGGUUAAGAAAUUUGAAAGCUAUGAUGUGGAUGUUCAAAUACCAUUUCCCCUGCGUGCCCAAUUCCUCUACAUGAAGGGAAGAUGCUACAAUAUAAGUAACAAAUACGACGCGCGCGCUAUGCAGUGUCUCAGCAAAGCUGUGAAACUUAAUCCACAUUUGGUUGAUGCAUGGAAUGAACUCGGGGAAUGCUAUCUCAAGAAUAUGAACAUGAAGGAAGCUAAGGCCAGCUUUGAAGGUGCUCUUAAACAUGAACGCAAUCGUUUAUCACUUCGCUGCCUGGCCAUCAUCCUUCGCCAGGAAUGCGGAGACCUGAAGCAGAGCGAAAUAUCGUCGGCCAUGACUAAAAGCGUGGAGUUAGCCAAGGAGGCCGUAGCUCAGGACAUCAAAGACGGCAUCUCGUGGUCUGUUCUGGGGAACACCUAUUUGUGCCAGUACUUCUUGAUAGCACAAGACCCAGCUACGCUGAAGUUAUGCAUGAGCGCGUAUAAACAGGCUUGGUCAGACCCUGUGGCGAAGGGCCAACCGGAUUUGCAUUUUAAUAAAGGAGUGGCCCUAAAGUAUUCGGAAUGUUACGGCGAGGCGCUGCAAAUGUUCGACCAGUCGUGCCGCCUGGACCCCGGCUGGCAGCCUCCGGCAGACGAGCGCGCUGAGCUCGUGCGCUACCUCACCGAGGCCACGAAACUAGUGCACACGCGCGGGAAGCUCAAGGCCAAACGGAUCUCUAAUAUGGUGCAGACUAUAGAUAAAAAGAUGCUGGGAGACUACGCGACAGACAGCGAUGGCGCGCGCAAGGAUGUGUUACUUGAGCUUGUGGAUAUAGACAAGCUUCAGGAAGGCAGCAAUGAGGGCAAAGUCAUCCUCGGCAGGGUCGUGGGUUCGAUACACAACAAGAACUCUGUACCAUUUACAUUCGCGAUAAUAGACAAAAGUCUGAAAUGUGUGUGCGUGUCUGUGUACAACUGGGCGAACGGGCGCGGUGUCAUCAUCGGUGACGUGGUGGCGGUGCCUGAACCGCUGCUCAGUUCACACGCUAUGGACUCACGCUUGGCUAAAUACGAAUUCCAGUCAAUACGCGUCAACAACCCGUUAGUGUUACUGGUCAACGGCAAACGCGUCAACCGGAAUCAAUACGCCAGCACGCGUGUGACGAGCACUUACGAGGUCAACUGACGGCAGGCCAUGAUGCGCCUCAAGCGUCUAUAUGAAAAUCAACACUAGACCGAUGGUCUGUUGCAUGGGUCUACACUAGACCGAAGAGACUAUGUGUUUGACAAUUGGACUGUUUUGUGUUUAAAGUGCUUGUUCAGUGGUUUCUAACAUGACUAUGUCUAUAUUGUAACAAUUUUUGAGAUGUGUCUUUUUUCAACCUAAGGAACGAGUGACAAGCACACAAAGUUAACUGACGGCAGGUCAUGAUGUGUCUCAAGCAUCAAUACUAGACCACCGGUCCGUUGCAUGGGUCUAUACUAGACCGAAGAGACACUAUGUCAAUACAUAACUUAACAGUCCAAUUGUCCAAUGACAAUUGGACUGUUAAGUGUUUAAAAUGCUUGUUUUGUUUUGUGUAUCAAAACCAAUUUAAGAUCAGUAAUUUUGAGAUGUGUCUUCAUUCAACCUAAGGUACGAGUGACAAGCACUUACUAAGUUAACUGACGGCAGGUUAUGAUACUUCUCAUGUAUUGGGUCUAUACUAGAUCAAAGAGACUAUGUAUUGGACUAUUAUGUGUUUAAAAUGUUUGUUCAGUGGUUUCUAACAUGACUAUGUCUACAUUGAAACAAAUUUAAAAUCAGUGGUUUUUGAGAUGUCUCUUUAUUCAACCUAAGGAACGAGUGACAAGCACUUACUAAGUUAACUGAUGGCAGGUCUUGAUACAUCUCAAGCAUUGAUACUUGACUGUUGGUCUGUUGCAUGGGUCUAUACUAGACCGAAGAGACACUAUGUAUUGGACAAUUGAACUGUUAUGUGUUUAAAAUGCUUGUUCAGUGGUUUCUAACAUGACUAUGUCUACAUUGAAACAAAUUUAAAAUCAGUGGUUUUUGAGAUGUGUCUUUAUUCAACAUAAGGUACGAGUGACAAGCACACGAAGUUAACUGAUGGCAGGUCAUGAUACAUCUCAUGCAUUGGGUCUAUACUAGAUCGAAGAGACUAUUUGUUGGAUAAUUGGACUGUUUUGUGUUUAAAGUGCUUGUUCAGUGGUUACUAACAUGACUACGUCUACAUUGAAACAAAUUUAAAAUCAGUGGUUUUUGAGAUGUGUCUUUAUUCAACCUAAGGUACGAGUGACAAGCACACGAAGUUAACUGAUGGCAGGUCAUGAUACAUCUCAUGCAUUGGGUCUAUACUAGAUCGAAAAGACUAUGUAUUGGACAAUUGGACUAUUUAUGUGUUUAACAUGCUUGUUCAGUGGUUUCUCACAUUGCAAUGUCUAUAUUGACAAGCUUAAAAUCAAUUUAACAUGUGUCUUUAUUCAACCUAACGAAUAUAUGUCUGUACUCGGCCAAAUCUCAAGGUCUGAGUCUCGGAGGAGAUGCCCUUAGAGAGUAGUUCCGCCCAUAUUUUCUGCUUCUACAAAGAGACACUACAUAUUAGACAAUUGGGCGGUUGUGUUUAAUAUGCUUGAUCAGUUCUUAACCUUACGUGUAAUCAAUGUGUGCUAUGCUUGACCACUGUCUUUCAGCUUUUAUAUCUAGAUUCUAGACUAGAUUUAAAGAAUGGUCUAUGUGUCUAUCCUAGACAAUAUUGGUAUAUCAAUAGAUUGAUAAAUCGAAAAUAGUUUUUAUGAUAUGUGUCCAUACACAGUCUGUAUUAAUAAACUGUAAAAUAAACAAUAAACAUUUUUUUAGACUAGACAAUGUUUGUGUACUUUUUAUUGGACAUUUAAUGUAAUCAAUACUACGAGUACAAUAUUCACUGUGUAAUAUAAAAGGAAAGGAAAUAAAAAAUUGUUUUAUGAACAUCAAAUUGAGUUCAUAAUAGAUAAGUUUUUGAUAGUCUGUUACUAUAGUAAGGGAGCCAAAAAGGGGAUAUUAGGAUUUACUUUAAUUCAAGCAACGUUGUAACUCCUCUCCACGCCUUAGGUUUAUAACUGUUAUUAUUAAUAUUUUGAUUUAUAUAUUAUUAAUUAAUUAUUUUCGUUUUAUUCUUUUUUUCUGUAAGUUGUAAUGUUUAUGGGCAUUAACAAAGGUACGUUACCUUGUAUUAAUAUACAGUCUGUGGUUUACGUCGCAAGUAUCAUAGUUUUAAAUAUGCCAUUAUAUUAUUGUCGAAUGUCGAUUCUGUUUGUAAGUAGGAUUUUUAUGAUGAAAUAAAAUAGGUCACACACAAAUCGUCAGAUUUUUUAAAAGCACCUUACAUUAAUCUGACGCGCUUGUUGAGUAUUGCUGAUGAUAGAUUACUAUAUUUAUUAUGACGGCUUACCUUAAAUAUUUCAGGAUCAUAAAUGAACGCAAUUGAUUGAAUCACGCAAGGUAUCUUUUGGUAUUCACCCUUAUGUUUGUCUGCCGAGCACGAGUGAAUCCCAAAAUCCCCUCUUGGGCUCCUCUACUAUAAAUAAUAAUGUUAACGAAAAGUUGGAUGCACCAUGCAUGUAAAAUAGUUCCAUGUAUUGACAUUCUACUGUAAUUACAUUAGGUAAUUAAAAUACAAAGCUUCUUACAACUAAAUUUAAUGCAAAUUGUAAAUUAAAACUUAUAUAUUUUUAUGUAGUGAUAGUGUAGUAUGAGAUAAUAUAGUUUAUUUUUUGUAUUAUUAUAAUAGAUUAUAGAUCUAUCUCUAAUAACAGAAAUAAAUGUUUGUACUAUGUAUGUUUGUCCUCUAUGUGUUUCUAAGACAUUUAUUAAAUUAUGAUGUAUGGAUAAAUUAUAUGUUUUAAUAUCAAUCAUCGCUACGUUAGCAUAGAGAUAAUUUAUAUUGUGGUAAAUAAAUGUAAAUAAAAGACUGAAUGAAUCUGUGUUUCGGUAUUUGUGUGGUUGUGUCCCAGUAUUAUUUAAUUACUGGCCUACAAAAAUUGUAACAAGUAUGAUUUUUUUUCUCUGUUUUCUAACUUAUAGGUAUAGACUGUAGAUUUUCUAUUUUCGGUAAAACUGACAGAACAAAACAAAAAAACAUGGUUUUUAAAUUAGCUGUCUGUGAGUGGUUGCUAAGCAAGUUUUUCAAAACAAACAGUUUUUCGGUAAACGGGUUUCGAUGUCACACGUUUCCCCUUGUACACUUUAUAAUUUUAACGUGUUUAUGCUAGGCUGCUGUGCUGAAAGCCAAUUACACACAAAAAUGUGUUUGUGAACUACAUUCAAAGACAAGAGUCUGCUAGAAUAUACCUAUACUUAGAGGCACAACUAUCCACCCACUUUAAUAUUACGCUAGUAUAUUAAAGUGGGCGAAUAAUUGUGCCUCUUGAGUAUAUUAUAUAAAAUACUAGCCGACGCCCGCGACUUCGUCCGCGUGAAACUCGAUGUAAACUUUCAACUACCCCUACCCUACAUUUUCUCGCUUUCCUGUUGAAAUUAUUCCUGAAUUUUCUUUGCUAUAAACCUCACGGAGCCCGAGACCUUUCCAACGAAUACAUAACUGUGGAAAUCGGUUCGUGCGUUCUGGAGCUAUAGCGUCAGGAAGUAAAACCCGACUUAUUUUUAUAUAGUAGAUUGUGAGUGACAUUAAUUAGUUCGAAAGCGUUUCCUGCUUUGGCUUUUUUUACAAGACUAAGACUUAAUAUUUUAUUAUUAGCGGUUUCAUCAUUGUACUCCAAUAUUAUUUCUGUCUCUUGUAAAUUGAAUUAUAUAAAUUCUAAAAAUACUAUGUGUAACUACAUUGAUUAGCCAUAAACAAAGAAGUAAAUAGACAGAAAAAGCAUCUAUCGAAUUACCUCAAAAAUGUUUUGCCAAUCAGUUGUCUAAUUGCUUCUCUGUCUAUGGUUACUUGUCAGUUCUAGACAAGUAGUGUUUUGUGUCUGGGUCUAUCUUUGACUUUAGUUGGUUGCGGGAUUGUUACUUACGCCAUUGAAUAACUAAACUUGGUGAUAGGGUCAAAAAGCAAAAUAUACAAAAGAACAGGAAUUUAAAGCAAACCAAUAAAAACGCAAUAUUGUGUCUAUGAAUCAGGGAAUCCCCAAGAGUUCUUAUUGUUUUUUUUUUUAGUUGGCAACAAUUUAACAUUUACUCAUCAUUUGUUGCGAACAUAGACAUAUAAUAACAUAGUUGAUGUCACUGACACUCUAGUUUUGCUUUUAUCUACAUGAACUAUUAUAGCCAAAUAAUUAGGCAAUGAUUAAUUAACAAUAAUAUUUAUGAGUACAUUUAUAAAAAAUUUAUUUCUCACUUUUAUAAAAAAAAAAAUUGUAACUCACUAAAUUAAUGUGUCAAUGGUAAACGAAAUAAAAUUAUAAUUUUCACUU